GCUUACAUAUCUAUAAAUACAGUCUUUACAAGACAACACACACAUCCAUAAGUAUAAUUCAAAGCAAUUGUACACUAUUAUUCCAAGUUCAAAAGCAAAUAAUGGAUACUUCGAAAAUAGCCCACCAAGCUGGCCAAGCCCAGGGCCAAGCCCAGGAAAAGGGUAGUCAAUUAAUGGAGAAGGUUGGAAAUGCCGCACAGUCUACCAUAGAAACAGUGCAACAGAUGGCGCCGCAAGCGAAGGAAAACUACCAAGCUGGCCAAGCCCAGGGCCAAGCCCAGGAAAAGACUAGUCAAUUUAUGGAGAAGGCUGGGAACGUUGCACAGUCUACCAAGGAAACCGUGCAACAGAUGGGGCAGCAAGUGAAGGACACAACACUAGGAGCAGUUGAUGCAGUCAAAAAUGCCACUGGCAUGAACAAAUGAACCACGUCAAUUUCUACCAUGUUAUGAAGAUCGUAUUUCUUCUACUUUAGGCUAUGUCCAACUAUGUUGCUUAGGUUUGAACUCUUGUUUGAGUCUGAAUCAAUAAUAUUGCAAUAUGUUUCUUAUAAUUAAGUAGGUUCCCUACUUGCAUUUGAGCACUUUUGCAGUAUAUACAUGAUCCAACUCCACUUGGAUGUACUGGCUUAAUAUGUUAUUCUAAUUGCUUUCUACUGCCUUUUAA